AAAGAUAUCUUAAGGUAUAAGUGUAGUUGUUACAACGAUAUAUACGAGAGAUAUACCUGUUACGAGAUAGAGAUAUAAACUCACUAUAAAUUCUCAAUAGAUGGAAUGAAAAGAUAAAAAAAACCUGAUAGAAUCUUAAUAGUGCGGAAUGUUACAUUAUUUUACAACGUUUUUCUUUGCAUGCAGUACAUUAUUGACAGUUUCUAGUGUCGAGCCGGAAAGUGAAGUCUCCAUAUGUACACGGAACAAUAGCAUCGGUUCCUAUCAGAUUCUGAACACUGUACCAAUCACACAGACUAAUCAAACGUCCUUGAUAUUCUCCGUAAAGACAUGUCAACAUGCACGAAUCCUUUUGACUGACAAUACAACUUCAUUUAGACCCUCAUAUAUAAUUAUAAUUGGAUUAUGGACAAAGAAAAAUCAGAUCGUAUCUCGCAUCACCACAUGUUUUAGUGAACAAUUCACGAGAUGUUUAUAUUCUUCAGUAGAAACUCCUUCUAUUUUGAGCUGUAGUGAGUUUAGAACAUUUUGGAUUUCAUGGAAUAACAAUAUAACGUUUGGACAAGGCAACAUAAUUGGAGAUAACAUCACAAAAUCUGAGAUGCUAUACAAUGAAGUGGUAAUUGAUUUUGUUGCAAUUCAACCUGUAUCUGGUAAUAAUGAUAUAUGGACAUUCAACUCAGAAAUCAAUGAUACGAUUGGUAUAAAUGCUGCCAUUAUUUGCGAAGGAGAAGACGAGACAACAAUUCUGCCGGAUAUGCAAACUAAUUGUACCUGUUCAUGCACACACAGUGGAAAUCAUUGGGACUAUCUAAAUGAUCUUAAUUUAACAACGGAACAAUUAUAUUUACAUCUUAAUGAUUAUCUUACAGAUUUAAAAGCCUCCAUUUCAAUAAAUCCAAAAAGUACUAGUACCGCUAAAGCUAAAUUGAGGUGUGCAGCUGAUAAUCGUCCUGUUUCACGGUUCGCUGGUGUAAUAGGUUCACUUGUUUUAGUUGCUGCAGCUGGUUUUAUUGUUUAUCUAGAUUUAGUGGGGUUCGUCAUUAAGUCGUGAAAACUUAACUCCAAAGGUUUAUUACACUCCUUCAGAUGCUAAUUAUACAAGAAAUUAUGCAAAAACGUUUCCACUUAAUACAUUGUCUCACAAACCAGAACUCUCUCGAAAAAAGAGGUAUUCGUCACCAAAUUUUUAAACCAUAUUUAAUGAAAUAAUUAGUCAUUGAAGUUAAAUUAAGAGUUAGUUUCUAGUAGAGUAUUGUGGUGUAGAAGCGUCGACAGAAGCACAUUUUGUAUGUAGAGAAUACAAUAAAAUUAAUGAAAUUCUUUUGAAAUAUGCAUUUAAUGUAUGAUUAUUUAUGAAACAUAUUAAGAGACUAUGAAUUAUAAGGCUGUAAAGUUGAUAGACUUCUUAAUGUAUGCUAACAUUGCAAUGUACUUAUCGAAAUGAUAAAAACGUCUCCAUGGCGGUGUCACUGUAAUAUGGUUAUGCGUGAGUUGACGUGGAUUCCAUCUCUGACCUGGUCAAAUUAGAGUUGAAAAUAAGUUUUUGCUGGGUUCCAUCUCUGGCCUGUUCAAAUUAGACUUGAAAAUGAGUAUUCGCUGCUUCUCCGCUCAGACGAGGCCUUUGGAGUAAGAACAAAAACCGGAGGCUCGAAGUCUGAAAAAAGUGUCCGAGUAGUGACCUUUACCCAAUGAACUAGCACACUAAAACCCUGGUUCAGCCUGUUUGUUUGAAUUCAAUUUUAUAUCACAUUACCACCAUGUUAUUGUCCUGUAUAUUCAAGUAAUAUUUGCCACUGGAUGUUAAACAACCACCCUUACAUCAUAACUAUUACUGUAUCAUUGUCUGUUUGAGUUCAAUAAAUCUUGAAAAACAAA